AUGACUGGUGCGUUUCCAUCCGUCCUGGUCUUUGGACCACAGGGUGAGAUUGGGCCAGAAACGGCUUACCAAGAUCUACGCACCGAGCUUAUCAGCAACAAUCGACUAUUGGCUCUUCAGGAAGCAGUAGAUGGUCUUCCAGACUUCUGGGGGGCUCUCACUGAUUUCGAUCCAAAUCUUCGUCGGGUCCCCGGCGCCAAGUACCUUGGCAAGCUCAAAGAGUUACUCCGAGGCACUGGUUCAAUUCAUCAUCCGCAGGGUCACCUACCCAAUCAUUACGCGCUUGGCCUGUCGGUCCUUCUUCAAAUCACACAGUAUACACACUAUCUUGACCAUCUUGGUCGCGGCUCACAUCGCAAGCUUCUUGACAGUGUAAAAGUGGGAGGAGUGCAAGGAUUCUGCGUGGGUUUCCUGAGUGCUGUCGCCGUGGCAGUUUCUGAGACCGAAUCUGCACUAGGUUCUUCUGCUGCCAUAGCCCUUCGCCUCGCGGUGUGCAUUGGUGCAUAUGUUGAUCUGGAUGGGGCAUACUCUUCGGCCCCCAUAGAGUACCAGGCGACUGCCUUAAGGUGGAGACAAGGGAAUCCAACAGAUACAACAAGCGUGGCAUCGGUGAUAAGUUCUACUCCGGGAGCCUACAUCUCUAGUAUCAACGAUGACUCGAGUGUUACUGCCACGGCUCCAGCCGUUGAAUCAGAGGGUCUCAUAGCCAGGGCACAAUCGAGUCAUCUGCGAACCAAGUCCGUCCAUGUUUACGGCCGCUACCAUACCCCCGACCAUGCGGGUAUAGUUGAUCAGCUUAUGGAGCUGGUCUCAUCGUCCAAGGAGUUACAAUUUCCAGACCCCAAGGACCUAAGAGCACCGAUACGCAACACAGCGACGGGUGAGACCAUUUCAAGUGGUUCGCUAACCCGGUUGGCUCUGGAAAGUGCCCUUGUCAACGUGGCAGACUGGCACAAAACCAUACAAUUGGCCGUCCAGCACCUCACUGGGCCUCAGCACACCAUUGCUGUUUCUGGACUUGGAAAUGCUCUCCCAUCAUCUUUAGUGGCAGAAAAGAGCUUCAAUAUGUUCUCUCUGAGCGAUCUCAACGGAAGGAACAUGAAACUGGGGAGAGAAAACCCGGCGGAUGCCAAUUUGAACGGCAACUUGCACGGUGUAAACGAAACCAAUGGUGCGGACGGUGUCGAUGGCACGAAUGAUGUCUCCGGCAUCGAAGAUUAUGAUGAUGCGCAUGAGUAUCCUCCUCAUUCCAUUGCUAUCGUCGGUAUGGCUGGCAGGUUCCCGGGCGCCGACUCGGUCGAUGAACUCUGGGAUCUGAUUAUGGAGGGGAAAUCCAUGGUCGAGCCUGCACCUCUGGAUCGCCUCAAAUUGUCCGAGACUGGAGAGCAAGCGGGGGUCAAAUGGUGGGGUAACUUUCUGAAAGACCCGGACGCAUUCGAUCACAAGUUCUUUAACAAGCCAUCUCGCGAAGCCCUUGCGUGGGAUCCCCAGCAGAGGAUCUUGCUAGAAGUUGUGUACGAGGCUUUGGAAUCAGCGGGCUAUUUUGGAGCCUCGGAAAACGCGACACUUGACUAUGGCUGUUACAUUGGCGCAGUUAUGAGCAACUAUUACGACAACAUCUCAUGCCAUGCGUCAACCGCCUACGCCACAGUUGGAACUCAAAGAGCUUUCGUUAGUGGCUGUAUGAGCCAUUACUUUGGGUGGACUGGGCCAGCUUUAUCAAUCGAUACCGCAUGCUCAUCAUCUCUUGUCGCCUUAAACACGGCUUGCCGAGCCAUCUGGUCUGGAGAGUGCUCCCGGGCCAUCGCGGGCGGCACCAAUGUCUUUAGCAGUCCAUUCGAUUACCGGAAUCUUGCGGCCGCCGGUUUCUUGAGUCCGUCAGGGCAGUGCAAGCCCUUCGAUGCCGCUGCUGACGGAUAUUGCCGGGGAGAGGCAGUAUCAGUCGUCGUCCUUAAGCGGCUUUCCGAUGCCAUUAAAGAUCACGAUAAUAUACUAGGCGUUGUUAUCGGGAGUGCUGCGAAUCAAAAUCACAACCACAGCCACAUCUCGGCACCGCAGUCGGAUUCUCAGCUCGAGCUUUUUCGAAAGGUCAUAAAGCUGGGCGGCGCGAAGCCAGAGUCCAUUACUUACGUUGAGGCUCAUGGAACUGGAACUGGUGUAGGCGACCCCAUUGAGGUUCGAAGCAUACGUGAUGCUUUUGGCGGGCCAAAAAGAGACUCUCCCCUUCACUUUGGGUCGAUCAAGGGAAACAUUGGCCACUCUGAGGCGACUGCUGGGGUUGCUGGCCUAGUGAAAGUUUUGCUGAUGAUGAGGCAUCGAAAAAUCACUCCACAAGCGAGCCUCGAGCUGCUGAAUCCUAAGCUCCCUGAUUUCAGCCAGGACCAGAUGUCCAUAAACACACGGGAGGUUAUAACUUGGGAGGCACCCUCUCUAGUGGCGUGCGUCAAUAGCUAUGGUGCGGCUGGAAGUAACUCAGCCGUGAUGAUUCGCCAGAAGCCAUCUAUAUAUGGCCAGUCGUUGACUCCCGCAAAACUCCCAAAGUACCCGAUUUUCAUUUCCUCUGGUUCGCCCAACAGUUUGUCGCGGUUCAGCAAGAAGCUUCUUGUUUGGCUAGAAAAGGCCACAGUGGAGCGUCGCCCCGAUCUACUCGCUCAUCUGGCUUUCAACCUUGCAGAUAGGGCUAACCACUCGCUACCUCAGAAUCUUGUCACCACCGUCAGUACUGUUCGGCAGCUUGAGAAUACUCUGAAAGCUGUUGGAAAUGGCAUAGGAAUCACUCAAGCUCCAAAGCGAAAACCUGUCGUUCUUGUUUUUGGAGGCCAGGAAAGCGACUUCAUUGGCAUCUCAGAAGAGAUAUAUCGGACUUCCAAGGUGUAUCGUACACACCUUGAUUCUGUUGACAAACUGAUGAUCUCCAAUGGCUUGGAGAGCUUCUAUCCUUCAAUAUUCGGGUCGGUGCCGAUCAAGGAUCUGGUGACAUUGCAUUCGGCGCUGUUUGCUGUCCAGUAUGCCUCAGCCAAGACGUGGAUUGAUUCCGGGCUCAAGAUUGAUGCCGUUGUGGGACACAGCUUUGGCCAACUCUCUGCGCUAUGCAUCUCAGGUGUGCUCUCACUUCCCGAUGCUCUAAAGCUGGUUUCGGGGCGAGCAUCUCUAAUGCAGAAGAAUUGGGGUUCCGAGCCAGGUUCAAUGUUGUUCUUACAGGCCAAUCGUGCGACUGUCGACGAAAUUCUCCAAAGCCUCAAUUACAAGGGCCGUGGUCACUAUGCUGAGAUCGCUUGCCACAAUGGGCCAAAUAGUCAUGUCGUCUUCACCGAACCGAUGCUCAAACCUCUGGACUCUUUGGCUAGACAGCUGGAGUGGAACGAGCCGAAAAUUCAUUUGGAAACAACCGACGAGUUUAGGAGCAAUCCUGCACCUGACUAUAGGAUUGUUUCAGAACACACAAGGGGCCCAGUGUUCUUCCAACGAGCUAUCGAGAGAAUCACUGCAAAGUUCUCGCAAUGCACAUGGAUCGAGUCAGGGCGAGGCUCGUCGGUCAUACAGCUCGUGAAAGGCUGUAUUGCGGACACUCAUGCUCAUUCAUUCCACGCCUCGCCGCUCACUUCUGCUAAGAAUUCCCAAGAGUUUCUGAUUGAUCUCACUGUGGAUCUUUGGAAGAGCGGGCAAGCUGUUCAGUAUUGGCCUUUUCACCGCAGCGGGAAAUUGGAGUACGAGUACCUGAGCCUGCCUCCUAUCCAGUUUGAGAAGACACGCCACUGGCUGGAAUUCACUGGGAUCAGGGGUCCUGCGGCGGUUGUCGAAGCGGGACCCGUAACAGAUGUGGAAGAAACACAUGAACUUCUUACCUUCACCGAAUUCAAGGACAAAGCCAGGAGCGAGGCCGUCUUCUGCAUUGAUCCACAGUCCGAGCGCUUCCAGAAGAUGCUGGCUGGUCAUGUCAUGGCUGGACAGACUCUAGCCCCGGCAUCGCUCUACUUUGAAUUGGUAGCCCGCGCUGCCCUGCGUCUUAUGGACGACAUGCAAACGGAGAAAUAUGUGCCAAUCGUUAAGGAUCUACUCAUGAAGUCUCCCAUCGGUCAUAUAACUACGAAGAAGAUCCUGCUUGUCCUCAAAAAGGACGCCGGGUUUGUGCAGCCAUCUUGGUCAUUCUCCAUCACAACAGAAGACACCAAAGGUCACAAUUCGCAGCCCUUCGAACACUCCACUGGCAUUGUGAGUCUCAACAAGCGUGAUGAACCGACAUCAGCUCAGGAGUUUCAGCGCUUUGAAACCCUGAUAGGCCCCCGUCGUUGUGAGGAGAUCAUGGGCCAUCCCGACGCCGAAAAGAUGCGAGGUAACCACAUAUACCGAGCCUUCAACACCGUGGUCUACUACGGCGAGCCGUUCCGUGGGAUCAAGGAAAUAGCCUGCCUAGAUCUUGAAUCGGCCGGAAAAGUAAAAAUCACACCGGCUCCGAAUGAUCCAGCGGACCAACGCCUCUGUGACACGCCUAUGACCGAUAGUUUCAUGCAGUUUGCGGGGCUCAUGGUGAAUUACUUCAAUAAUUCAAGCACGGAAGAGGUGUUUGUGUGUAUGAGAAUCGACCAUAUUCAAAUCGGCGGGGGCUUCGAUCCAGACGCAGGGGAAUGGCUUGUUUACGCGACAAUGAGAAGAAACAGCAAUAACGACGUGAUGGCGGAUGCAUAUGUAUUCGACUCCAAGACCAAAGCGAUGGUCAUGGCUGUAUUUGGGCUCCAUUUCACCAAGAUGUCACAGAACCUAUUGGCCCGGAUGCUGAAGAGUGUCAAUAAGGCUGCGGGCAUCAAAGCGCAACCAAUAAAAGACGAAAUCCUAGAAAACGCUCCGCCUCUUCCUCUCGUCACCCAGCAGGUGACUACUCUCGUCACGAAAAGGUCGCCUGGAAAGCGUCAUGAGCUCCUGCAGAUGCUGUCCAAUGUCAGCGAUGUCCCACUUGACGAGAUCAAUGACGAGAUGUCUUUGGAAGAUCUUGGAGUAGAUUCUCUGAUGGCCACUGAAAUGCUCAACGAUAUCCGCUCCGUCUUAGGUGUCACCAUCGACUUGUCGACUUUCUUGUUCUUCCCCAAUAUUCGAGCCGUAGUAAAGCAUGUUGAAGAGAAGCUAGGCAUUGUUAGUGUGAAAGAAGCCAGCGAGCCAGGGCCCGAUUCCACCAUUAGCGACAUUGACACACCUCACGGCGCCACCGGGUCCGUCACACCAGAGAGUAUCACAAUGGAGCCAGAGGCUGAAAGUUCCGAAGUUCCUAUACUAUCGGCACUGGAGGCAUUUCAAAAGACACGCAUGAACUAUGACCGCCAGGCCGAAGCCGCGCAGGCAAUCGGGUUCUGGGACAACGCCUACCCUCAUCAAGCAAGACUGGUUCUGGCCUACGUUGUCGAAGCAUUUGCUGAACUAGGAUGUGCUCUGAGACAUUUGGAGACCGGCGAGGUAGCACCAAAGAUCAAAGCUGCCGACAAACACAGGCGGUUGGUACUUCAACUUUGGCGUGUGUUGGAGGAUGGAGGACUGGUUGCGCCAUCAGAAGGCCAGGAGUUCAUACGGACAGAUACGCCAGUGGAUCCAGCAACGGCCGACUCCAUUUACCAAGACAUCAUCAAUAUGCACCCUCAGCACGCCAUGGUGAACAAACUGGUGCGAGCGACUGGGUCUCAAUUAGCCGCAUGCCUGCGUGGUGAAAAGGAGGGAAUACAGGUGGUCUUUGGCGACCGAGACAUUAAGAAGACACUAGAGGAGGCUUACGAGUUCUGGCCACUGUGGAGGGCGCCUACACUCGUCCUCGGCGACUUCCUGUACGAGGCACUCUCCUCAGCAAGCGGCGUGGGCAAGUUUCGAAUCCUUGAGAUCGGUGCCGGAACAGGAGGCACGACCCGUUACAUCGUGAACUUUCUCAAGAGUCGUGGUAUCAACUUCGAGUAUGUCUUUACUGACAUCAGUCCCUCGUUAGUAAACAGCACGGCGAAACAGUUCAAGGGUAUUAAGGAACUGACCUUCGAUUUGUUGGACGUCGAACAGCCACCCAAGCCAGAACACGUUGGAGCCUUUCAUUGCAUCAUUGCCACCAACUGUAUCCAUGCUACGAAAGAUCUCGAUGUGUCGCUAGGGAAUAUCCGCCCGAUGCUGCGUGAGGACGGUGUCUUGGCGCUCGUCGAGAUCACGAAGAACAUGUUCUGGCUCGAUGCUGUUUUCGGCCUGUUCGAGGGAUGGUGGCUUUUCAAUGAUGGAAGAGAACAUGCAUUAAUAGACGAAAAGCAGUGGGAACGAAAACUGAGGGCGGCUGGAUUUGGUGCUGUGUCAUGGAGUGAUGGCAAGACACCCGAGUCCAAAGCAGUUCGUGUCAUUGCGGCCUUCUCAAGUGGUGGCACCACCCCAGAGAGGCCAGUCAAGGCGGCAGUGGAGGCUUUGACGUAUAAGAAAGUGGGAGACCUGGAGAUACAUGCUGAUGUCUACUAUCCCUUGGAGGGUGAGGAAGUAGCAGCUAGCCGAAUGCCAGUAGCCCUGAUGAUACAUGGUGGCAGUCACAUAUUGUUCAGCAGGAAAGACGUACGGCCUGCGCAGACACGCCUCCUACUAAGGAAGGGCUUCUUGCCUGUCAGUCUGGAUUACCGGCUAUGCCCAGAGGUUGCCCUGAUGGAGGGGCCAAUGGUUGAUGUAUGCGACGCUCUUGAAUGGGCUCGCAAUCAGCUGCCCAAGGUGACGCUUCCGAGCAACCCAAGUCUUCAGAUCGACGGUGAGAGAGUGGUGGUGGUGGGCUGGUCAUCAGGGGGCCAGUUAGCUAUGUCAUUGGCAUGGACGGCGCCGGCUCGAGGACUACGCCCUCCUGAUGCAAUCCUGGCCUUCUACGCGCCCACAAACUACGAAGAUACAUGGUGGCAGAAUCCGAUUGAGCCUCUCGGUGCGCCAUAUAAGAGCCAACAAUAUGAUGUCCUGGAAGGAAUCCUAGAUCAGCCGAUUGCCAAAUACGAGAUGGUGGGUGCGUGGGAAGAACCUCUCUCGGACCCUCGCAGCCACAGCGAUCCGCGCCUUAAGAUUGUUCCACACAUCAACUGGAAGGCGCAGACGCUUCCCGUGAUUCUUGGGGGACUGCCCAGUCGCGAAAAGGCCACAGCUGCGGGAUCGGAUAUCGACUGGAACGCGCUCCCGCAGCCUACGCUCGACACCAUCAGGAAAGCCAGCCCCUACGCGCAUAUCAACAAUGGCGGAUACCACGUCCCAACUUUCUUCAUUCACGGCACCGCAGAUGAUCUUAUUCCUUGGCAGCAAAGCCAUGGUACGUACCAGCUCAUGAAAGAGAAGGGUGUCGCAACUGGAAUGGCGCUUGUUGACAACGCUCCUCAUAUAUGCGACCUGAGCGGUGACCCGGAGUCGGAUGGUUGGAAGGCGGUUGUACAAGGCUACGACUUUCUUUUCUCCUUUGGGUCCUCUUGA